AUGGGAGCCAAUCAGCUUCUAGCUUCAGCUUGUUCAAUUAAGCUUUGGCAAUAAAACCUGGAAGCUGAUUGGUUACUCUGCAGAACCGCGCCAGAUUUUGUGUGCAGCAGUUUGAUUAAAUUUCUCCCUCCAUAUAAAAUAUUUCCCCCCCUGGCGGUAUUCCCGAGUGUAGCUCGGGGUAAAGUUUCAGCACCACAAGCGGUAACCCCGAGCUACACUCGGGCUUACCAUGCGGUGCUUUUCCGGGAUCCCCUCGAUCACUUACCUUGUCCUGCGCUCCCGUGAUGUCCCCUCUGCAGUGUCCCCGGCAAUGUCCUCCGGCGGAUGCCGGCAUGUGUCAUCUGGGUUCCGUCCCCUGCGAGCGUCGGGACAUACGGGGGACGGAGCGGAGGGAAAUUUGAAAAUUACAAAAAGUGACAAUCACUAAAAUCACUAA